AAAUCGUACAAACUGCUCAUAGACCACAAGCCCACCGUCCUUCACCAUGCAGCAGGACGACAUCGUGUGGAGUGUAAUAAGCCGGCAGUUUUGCUCGUUUCAGGUGAAAACCAAAACACAAAACUUUUGCCGCAACGAGUACAGCCUGACGGGGCUCUGCUCGCGUAAAGCGUGUCCGAUCGCAAAUAGCCAGUAUGCGACGGUCCGCGAGGAAAAAGGUAUUAUCUACCUGUACAUGAAGACGGCAGAACGGAACGCAUUCCCGGCCAAGCACUGGGAAAAGGUGAAGCUGUCCCGCAACUUUGAGAAGGCCGUGUACCAGAUCAAUGAAAACCUGCUGUACUGGGACAAAUUCGUACGAGUGAAGUGUAAGCAACGGUUUACAAAAAUCACACAAUACCUGAUCCGGAUGCGCAAAUUGAAACUGCGCCGGCAGAAGAUGUUGGUACCGUUGGCAACCAAAAUUGAGCGACGCGAAAGGCGGCGCGAGGAGAAGGCUCUCGUGGCGGCGAGGAUCGACAAUGCGAUCGAGAAAGAGCUGAUGGAGCGUCUUAAAAUGGGCAUGUACGAGGACAUCUAUAACUUCCCGCAAACGGCAUUCGACAAGGCGCUCGAUGCCGAGGAAAUGGAAGAUGAAGAGGACGACGAAGAAGAGGAUGAAGAGGAGCUCGAGAAGGAAAUGGAAGUUGCCGGUGACAUGCAGCGGGAGCUCGAGAUGGUAGACGAAUUUGUGGAAGGCGAUUCGAACGACGAUGAAUCGGAUGCGGAAAGUGAGUCAGGAGUUCGAGAGCAGGUUGAAGUGGACAGCGAUUUCGAAUCAUCAGAUGACUCCGAUAUGGAAGACUACAAACCUAAGGUAUCGUUGCGGCCACCAAGCCCGGAUAGUCCUACGGAACAGGCAGACCCGAGCGGCGGAAAGAAAUUGCGGAAACUGCGAAAACCUCGGUACGAAAUCGAAUACGAAGUCGAAGGCGAAGCACCAACGAAGCAAAGCGUACACAAAUGA